ACGAAAGCAACAAUUAGUAAUUUGAAUUCAUGAAUUUUUCUUUUUUCUUAUUCAGUAAAUGAGGAACGAACAAGGUUUCUUUUAGCCGGCCAAACUGUCCUUGAAUAGAGCUUUUUAUCUAACACUGAAGCUUUAAUUUUUGCUGAUCUGAUGUGGGUAUUUUUUUUUUUUUUUUUUUUUGUGUUUGUUUAUUUAUUUAUUUAUUUUUGUGAAUAUCCAGAGCGCUAGAUGACCUUCAUUGCGCAGGCUACAAAAACCUUUACAAAAAUCACACCAUGUUCGUGUGUUUAGGAUUUCUGCAUCACAGCCACCAACUCAUUGGACCCCAUCAUAUGUUGCUUCCUUGAGGUGGUCUUUCCACCUCGCCCAGCAACAAAACCCUACACCUCACCUCUCUCCAGCUGGGUUCAAAGGGAAAUUCUUGUUUCCUCAUGCUCUUUCUGGUGGUCGGUCAAUUCCGUUGAAUGACACCCCCCGUCAUCUUCAAGCCAUUACAACAGGGCGAGGGCUUAUUAGAGUAGCACGCAUCACACGAGUUACUAUCUGCCAGUAAAACAAUUGAGCUCACCCCCAAAUGUAUCACACACGGAAAAAAUGUUUUGUUAAAAUAAAUGGUGAGCGCUAAGCUUGAUGUACCAACUUGAAUCGUUUCUCCACUCAUCAGAUGUUAUCGAAAUUAGCUGCAAAACCCUUCUUCACAGUGUCUAUAUUGAUGCUUUUUUAUGUUGUUUCGAACAUGAAGUUUGGCUGUAAGUGCUAACAAGGAGAGAUUAAGCUAGUGUCACGAAUUAUAUAUAUAUAUUUAUAUAUAUAUCUAUAGAUAUUUAUUUAUUUAUUUCCCUUUCUCCUUGUGACUAAAACUUGACUAAUUGGGUGGUUUUAAAAACAGAUAGCAACUGAACUAUGUUGCACAAGUUGAUGACAUGUACUGUGACUCCCCUGCAAGUACAUAACAAAAAUUGAUGCACAUUCCUGGCACUUGUACAGAAUUUAUCCACAACCCUUCAACUGUCUUGAACACUAGAUCUUAGCUAAAACGGUAUUAAUGAAUGGUAAUCAUGGCAAGCCGCAUACAGGACCUAUGCCACAUAUCGACAAUCCUGAGCUUCACUUGACAGCUCUCACAAACAGCCGAAUCAGUCUCCACCUCUCUGAGUUUUCAUCAACAAAACUUCGGAGGCCACGUUUAGUAUAUGAUCCAAAUCGAUACGAGAACUUAGAAUCUCAGAAUCCAUUACACUGGAUCCAUUCACUGUUCAAAUUCUAAACCAUUUGAUUGAAACUCAGAGACUCUCAAAUCAGAAGUCUUCAAAUUAAAGAAUAGACCGAUCCUUUAACUCUGAAAUGCAAUAGAAAAGUUAUAGUGUAAGUCAAAGCAAACAUGGGGUAUUGCCCAGUAACAACUUCUCAGAUAAGCUACAACUUGAAACUUAACUUACGUCGAUCAACUUGAAACUUAACUUACGUCGAUCAACUUGAAACUUAACGGACGCUCAUUGUAGCCCAAAUCCCCAAACAGUCAAUGCCAUUCGGUUGAACGGCCUCUAAGGUCCCGCUGAACAGUUAAUACAGAUGACAGUCCAUACCAAGUAUACAAAAGUAUCGUAUAGAGGAGAUUCCACAUGUGAUGAAAUCAAAAUGAUGAAACCUUCAUCUUAACAAUGAUCAACUCAAUGAUGAAUGCUAGGGCAUGUACGUGGAUUACAGAUGAGCGGGUUGUUGUGUUAUACCGUAUAGGUGCAGACAUAACAUCUUCCGAAUUUAAGGUUAGUUGCAGAAAACAACGUCAAUGAUCUGUGCAGUUUCCAAUCUGAGAGGACAAAAACUUAUGUUCUGAACUCAGGUGUUGGGACAACAAACGAGAACCGUGUCUAAGACUCAAUCACAUUCUGCUCUCGGGAUUUCCGGCAAACCAUGCAGGUAGUCAAUACUCUCGAAAGCUCUGACUACAGACUCAGCAAUGUUCUCGCGUAACUCACCUUGGUAUGCAAGCGCACCAGGAUUGCAAUGAGUACCUGGCUUCUGGUUCAGUAUCCUCUGGUAACCUUCAGAAAUACGCAGAUAUUCCGCGCCAUCAUUGAUGCUCAGGGUGGAUUGACUCAGUUUGCAAACCUCCAUGCAUCAGAAACGUUCCGAAACCAAAAUUUAACCUAAGGUUUUGGUGAAAAUAGUCGGGGCGUUUUUAGUCGUGCAGAAUGACAGGUUUGUGGAGCUCAUUCGCUAAGCACGUAGAAGUAGGGCCCCUUCAAAACACUAGUCCUGCGCGAAUGCUACUGAAAGACGCUUUCCUUCGUGCCUUCUCGGCAUUGGACGAUCUCAGUUGGUGAUUGCAAGCAGUCUCAAUUUACUGCUGAUGUUGUAAGGGUAUAACAGGGUGUCAAAUCCACUCAUCGUAAGUAGUUAUUGAUAACUACCGUGACAAUGGUUUUUGAGCAACCAGUUCUACGUUAUAUUUCCUGGGUGGCUGUGCCCAUAUUUGGGAUGCCUAACCACUGACCUUAAGUUUACAGGAAGGCUGUGUGAAUGGCUGUUUGGAAAGCAGGUGGGCGUUGAUUUAAUAGAAUUUUCUCAAGAAGGACUGGGAAUCUAUGCUCAUGAAGUCAAGGCUGAGACUCUAACCUUGCUCCUUGGUUUCCAUCUGCUUCACCAGAGACAUAUCAAAACAUAGCAAACAACGUGAAGGACGAAGACAUGGCUCUGCCGACGCACCUGUGGAAUAAAGAGACGAAAGAAUUGCGUAACGCCAUUCACGAUGACUGGAAAAGGAAGGCAAUUGACAGUGCCAAGAAGAGAGCAGCAGCAGCGCAUGUUGAUUAUCCAACUUUCGCGAAUCUGGUCUCCGUGGCGCAUCUGAAGCCUGUGGAGCGGAAGAUGUCAGGACAAGAAGACGGGGAAACACCAGAGCAUUUUUAUAGAGGAACAGCUCCUUCAUGGACAUUCGAUCCAGCAGGCACAAACAAGUCCUCCAACUUAGACGAUGGGAAUGCACAAACUGCAGAUGAACCGCCUACUUCAUUAGGGCUCCAGCGACCGAGAAGACAACUUGGAGGACGUGAAAAAAUUACAGAUCAUGACGUAUUUGCGAAGGAAUGGCGCCUCCUUAACAAGGACACAUUGUCUCAGAUGGCUUUUUUGACUGGCAUCGAUUCUGAUCACUACCCUGAGAUUUUUAAAGUAGAGUUACCUCCCAAUCUACUCGCUGAUAUCUUGGCAACAAUUUACACAUUUGUCAAAACUGAGAAAAAUGCAGCGGGGAGUCCGGAACGGCAACAGCUGCUCCGAGCAGCAUUCAAUAAAGCAGUCGACGAAGAUUGGAUCGUAAGAAUGCUUGAAGAAAUGACCAAGUGCGGUCGAUUCUCGCUUGUGAUCGGAUGCAUCGGUGCGACGACCCACGCCAUGAUUCGGGAACUCAUCUCGCAUCUCAACGAGUCGGAUUGGUGCAAAACAUCUUAUGAAGCAGAGGACUCCAAAAGACAGCCUUCUCCCGUCUCGAGGAUACAUAACAUCGCGUCACUGUACAGAGUACAGAUCGACAGGCAAAACUGCAUGAGCAAGUCUGCUAAGUAA